GCAGCGGAGCGCCUGCGGUACAUCUUAGGAGAUGAUGAGACCCCAAAUCCCACCUUGUUCACAGAGAUGGAUACCUUGCAGCAUGAUGGGGAUGAACUUGAGUGGAAGGAGACUGCAAGGUGGAUAAAGUUUGAAGAGAAGGUGGAAGAGGGAGGAGAAAGGUGGAGCAAGCCACAUGUAUCUACUCUGUCUUUGCAUAGUCUAUUUGAGCUAAGGACGUGUCUCCAGACGGGAACUGUCAUGUUGGAUUUAGAUGGCUUUUCUCUACCACAGAUUGUAGAUGACAUCAUUGAGAAGCAGGUAGAGGAUGGAAUGCUAAAGCCAGAACUCAGGGAGAAAAUAAGUCAUGUCCUGCUGAGAAAACAUAGGCACCAAACCAAGAAGCCCAUCCAUAGGUCACUGGCAGACAUCGGAAAGUCUGUCUCUUCCAGCACAAACCGCAUUCCAGUUCCAAGCGCUCCUGUUGGAAGUCAGUUUCAUCGCUCCACAGAAGACCUAAGAGUGAGACAGAGUUCAAACUAUGGAAGACUGCGUCAUGCUCAGAGCAGGAGUAUGAAUGACAUUUCAGACGCGCCAAGUUCAGACCAGCUCAGGAAUAAAUUUAUUAAGAAGAUUCCCCGGGAUGCAGAGGCAUCCAAUGUAUUGGUUGGAGAAGUGGAUUUUUUGGACAAACCAUUUGUUGCGUUUGUUCGGCUGGUCCAGUCUAUAAUGCUCGGAGGGGUCACGGAGGUCCCUGUGCCCACUAGGUUCCUGUUUAUUUUGUUGGGUCCUCUGGGAAAAGCCAAAUCUUACACUGAGAUCGGAAGAGCAAUUGCAACCCUAAUGGUUGACGAUCUGUUUAGCGAUGUUGCUUACAAAGCAAGAGAUAGGGAGGACCUUAUCGCAGGAAUUGAUGAGUUCCUGGAUGAAGUAAUUGUUCUACCUCCUGGUGAAUGGGAUCCAACCAUUCGAAUAGAGCCUCCCAAGAAAAUCCCAUCAGCUGAUCAGAGAAAAUCUGUGUUCUCUGUAAAUGAGGCUGGACAAAUGAAUGGUUCAGCUGGAGGUGGGGGGAGUGGUGGUGGAGGAAGUGAAGAUGGAGAGAUGCCUUCUGCCCAUGAAGUUGGAGAAGAGCUGGCAUGGACUGGGAGAUUCUGUGGUGGGCUGUAUCUCGAUAUUAAGAGGAAGCUGCCCUGGUUUCUGAGUGAUUUCUACGAAGCUUUCCAUAUCCAGUCAAUUUCUGCCAUUCUCUUCAUCUACCUCGGGUGUAUAACUAAUGCCAUAACAUUUGGGGGCCUGCUUGGAGAUGCCACAGACAACUACCAGGGUGUAAUGGAGAGCUUUCUUGGUACGGCAAUGACAGGCUCAGUGUUUUGUCUCUUUGCCGGCCAACCUCUUAUUAUCCUAAGCAGCACUGGGCCAAUCCUCAUCUUUGAGAAGCUUCUCUUUGAUUUCAGCAAGAGUAAUGAUAUAGAUUACAUGGAGUUCCGUCUGUGGAUCGGUCUCCACUCAGCCCUUCAGUGCCUUAUUUUGGUCGCCACUGAUGCCAGCUUCAUUAUAAAGUAUAUAACACGGUUUACAGAGGAGGGAUUCUCAACGCUUAUAAGCUUCAUCUUCAUCUAUGAUGCCAUCAAAAAGAUGAUUGGGGCCUUCAAGUACUACCCCAUCAAUUCUGACUUCAAACCGGACUACGUUACCUUGUACAGAUGCGAGUGUGUGGCUCCUGACCCAGUGAAUGUGACUUUAUUCAAUGCUUCAGCUCCAUUUGCACCAAACAACACUAACAUCUCUUUGUACAAUGCCAUGAACAAUACAGCUUUGGACUGGAGUCAGCUGAGCAUGAAGGAGUGUCUGAAAUAUGGCGGCAGCCUUCUUGGUAACUCGUGUAACUAUGUGCCCGACCUAGCGCUCAUGUCCUUCAUACUAUUCUUCGGAACCUACUCCAUGACCUUGACACUGAAGAAGUUCAAAUUCAGUCGUUACUUUCCCACUAAGCUGCGUGCCCUGGUGGCUGAUUUUUCCAUUGUCAUCGUUAUCCUAGUCUUCUGUGGUGUGGAUGCAUAUUUUGAGUUGGAGACACCAAAAUUGCAUGUUCCUAGUAAUAUAAAGCCCACACGCCCUGAUCGCGGAUGGUUUGUAUUCCCCUUUGGUAAGAAUCCUUGGUGGAUUUACCUCGCCAGUGCGCUACCUGCCUUGUUGGUGACAAUCCUGAUCUUCAUGGAUGAACAGAUUACAGCGGUCAUAGUCAACAGAAAGGAGCACAAACUGAGGAAAGCCUGCGGCUACCACCUGGACCUCUUCUGGGUGGGGGUUCUGCUGGCUGUUUGCUCCUUCAUGGGACUGCCGUGGUAUGUAGCAGCCACCGUAAUCUCCAUCGCACACAUUGACAGCUUGAAGAUGGAGACAGAGACCAGCGCUCCUGGGGAGCAGCCGCAAUUUCUGGGUGUAAGGGAACAGAGAGUAACCGGGAUUAUAGUGUUUGUCCUGACUGGGAUCUCUGUCUUUCUGGCUCCUGUAUUGAAGUAUAUUCCUAUGCCGGUCCUCUAUGGCGUCUUUCUGUACAUGGGAGUGGCGUCACUUAAUGGAAUUCAGUUCUGGGAUCGCUGUAAACUCUUCUUGAUGCCAGCAAAGCACCAGCCAGACUAUGCAUAUCUUCGGCACGUACCACUACGGCGAGUCCAUCUUUUCACUCUUGUUCAGAUAGUCUGCCUUGCAGUUCUGUGGAUACUGAAGUCUACGGUAGCAGCAAUCAUUUUCCCAGUUAUGAUUCUCGGUCUUAUAAUGGUUAGGAAAAUGCUGGACUGGGUGUUCAGCCAGCAUGAUCUCGCUUGGUUGGAUGAUAUUUUGCCAGAAAAAGACAAGAAAAAGCAGGAAGACAAGACCAAGAAGAAGAAAGGCAAAGAAGACGCAGACAGUGAUGAGGAUAGAGGCUGCCAUUCUGGUGCUUUAAAUUCAGACUCCUCUGCCAAUGGGUCUGAUGUGGACCGCAGCAUUACACUGCACCUGAAGAUCUCGUGCCCGUCCUCACCCGCCAUCAGCUACCCCAGAAGCACAACGAGUGCCGUCCCUCAAGUGAAAAUUGAGAUUGAUUCUGAAUACGAAGACUCAGACGUAGACAAAAAUCCUCGUGACAGGGGCAGUGAAACUACUUUAUAGUUUUAGCUUUUAACUUUUUUGAAUGUCUGAUGGGAUGCACGUUGCAAAA